AUAUGACCUUCCAAAACAUGAAGAGUUUCUCUUAUUGCAGGUUACUGAACAAUGGGUGCAGGAGGUCGAAUGUCGGCUCCCUCUGAAGGCAAGAAGUCUGAGUGUGAUGUCCUCCAAAGAGUUCCCCAUUCAAAACCACCCUUCACAGUCGGUGAGAUCAAGAAAGCCAUCCCACCCCAUUGUUUCAAGCGAUCUGUCCUACACUCUUUCUCCUACGUCUUUUAUGACCUCACAAUAGCCUUUCUCCUCUACUAUGCUGCAACCAACUAUUUCCAUCUCCUGCCUUACAAUCUCUGCUACGUAGCCUGGCCGCUUUACUGGAUCUGCCAGGGAUGUAAUCUAACAGGAGUUUGGGUCAUAGCCCACGAAUGCGGUCACCAUGCCUUCAGUGACUAUCAAUGGCUUGAUGACACUGUUGGCCUUGUCCUACACUCUUCUCUCCUUGUCCCCUAUUUCUCUUGGAAAUAUAGUCAUCGUCGCCACCAUUCCAAUACUGGUUCAUUGGAUCGUGAUGAAGUAUUUGUACCAAAAUUGAAGUCGGGUAUGAAAUGGUUCUCCACUUAUCUCAACAACCCACCAGGCAGAAUCCUUGUACUUGUUGUCCAGCUCACUCUAGGCUGGCCUCUAUACCUCAUGUUUAAUGUUUCAGGGAGACCCUAUGAUCGGUUUGCUUGCCACUUUGAUCCCAAUAGCCCUAUCUACACAGAUCGUGAGCGCCUUCAGAUCGUCGUAUCAGAUGCUGGUAUAGUUGCUGUACUCUAUGGACUUUACAGCCUUGUGGCAGCAAAAGGACUUGCUUGGGUUGCCUGUUUUUAUGGAUGUCCAUUGCUCAUUGUCAACGGAUUCCUUGUAUUGAUCACAUAUUUGCAGCACACACACCCUUCAUUGCCUCAUUAUGACUCCUCCGAAUGGAACUGGUUGAGGGGUGCUCUUGCCACUAUUGACAGAGACUACGGCAUUCUCAACAAGGUAUUCCAUAACAUUACGGACACUCAUGUGGCACACCAUCUCUUCUCAACCAUGCCACACUAUCACGCAAUGGAAGCUACGAAGGCUAUAAAACCAAUAUUAGGCGAGUACUAUCAAUUUGAUGGGACGUCGGUUUGGAAGGCCAUGUAUAGAGAAGCAAAAGAAUGUGUUUACGUUGAGCCAGAUGAAGGUGACCAGAACAAGGGAGUCUUUUGGUAUAAAAACAAGCUUCAUUAGACUUUGCUUGAAUGUAAUACCAUGGCAAUUAAGAGGCUGGCAAGUUUUAAGUUAAAUCCCCUGCUAGAAGGGCUUUGCUUCCUUUCGUGGAAUUUAGGCUUGUUUUUGUAGUGGAUUCCAGUUUUCGUAAAAGUAAUUCCGUUAUUGCACUGUAUUUAGAGAACUGUGAAUGCUGCUUUAUUAUCACAAGUCACAAAGAUUUGCCUAACAUAA